AGCUGAGAAAACUGAAGUCCUCAGUGAAGAUCUAUUACAGAUUGAACGGCGCCUGGACACAGUGCGGUCCAUGUGUCACCAAUCCCAUAAGCGCCUGAUGGCGUGCUUCCAGGGCCAGCAUGGCACUGAUGCGGAGAGAAGACACAAAAAACUCCCUUUAACUGCUCUCGCUCAGAAUAUGCAAGAAGCCUCAACUCAGCUGGAAGAAUCUCUCCUGGGGAAGAUGCUGGAGACGUGUGGAGAUGCUGAGAAUCAGCUGGCUCUCGAGCUCUCUCAGCAUGAAGUCUUUGUUGAAAAGGAGAUCGUGGACCCUCUGUAUGGCAUAGCAGAGGUGGAGAUUCCCAACAUCCAGAAACAGAGAAAACAGCUCUCAAGAUUGGUGUUAGACUGGGAUUCAGUUAGAGCCAGGUGGAACCAAGCUCACAAAUCUUCAGGAACCAAUUUUCAGGGGCUUCCAUCAAAAAUAGAUACCCUAAAGGAAGAGAUGGACGAAGCUGGAAAUAAAGUAGAACAGUGCAAGGACCAACUUGCAGCAGACAUGUACAACUUCAUGGCCAAAGAAGGGGAGUAUGGCAAAUUUUUUGUUACGUUAUUAGAAGCCCAAGCAGAUUACCAUAGAAAAGCAUUAGCAGUCUUAGAAAAGGCCCUUCCCGAAAUGCGAGCCCAUCAAGAUAAGUGGGCGGAAAAGCCAGCUUUUGGGACUCCUUUGGAAGAACACCUGAAACGGAGUGGGCGCGAGAUCGCGCUUCCCAUCGAAGCCUGUGUCAUGCUGCUCCUGGAAACAGGCAUGAAGGAGGAGGGCCUUUUCCGAAUUGGGGCUGGAGCCUCCAAGUUAAAGAAACUGAAAGCUGCUUUAGACUGUUCUACUUCUCACCUGGAUGAGUUCUAUUCAGACCCCCACGCAGUAGCAGGUGCUUUGAAGUCCUAUUUACGGGAAUUGCCAGAACCUUUGAUGACUUUUAAUCUGUAUGAAGAAUGGACACAAGUUGCAAGUGUGCAAGAUCAAGACAAAAAACUUCAAGAUUUAUGGAGAACAUGUCAGAAGUUGCCACCACACAAUUUUGUUAACUUUAGGUAUUUAAUCAAGUUCCUUGCAAAGCUUGCUCAGACUAGUGACGUUAAUAAAAUGACUCCUAGCAACAUUGCGAUUGUGUUAGGCCCUAACUUAUUAUGGGCCAAAAAUGAAGGAACACUUGCUGAAAUGGCAGCAGCCACGUCUGUCCACGUGGUUGCAGUGAUUGAACCCAUCAUUCAGCAUGCCGACUGGUUCUUCCCUGAAGAGGUGGAAUUUAACGUAUCAGAAGCAUUUGUACCUCUCGCCACCCCAAAUUCUAAUCACUCAUCCCACACUGGAAGUGACUCUGACUCGGGUACUCUUGAGAGGAAGCGGCCCGCCAGCAUGGCAGUGAUGGAAGGGGACUUGGUGAAGAAGGAGAGCUUUGGUGUGAAGCUUAUGGACUUCCAGGCCCACCGGCGGGGUGGCACCCUAAAUAGAAAGCACAUAUCCCCCGCUUUCCAGCCGCCACUCCCGCCCACAGAUGGGAGCACCUUGGCGCCAGCAGGCCCAGAGCCCCCUCCACAGAGCUCUAGGGCUGAAAGCAGCUCUGGGGGUGGGACUGUCCUUUCCUCUGCGGGCAUACUGGAGCAGGGGCCAAGCCCAGGCGAUGGCAGUCCUCCCAAACCCAAGGACGCUGCAGCUGCCCCUGCCCCUGCCCCUGCCCCUGCCCCUGCACCAGCGAGAAACAGCAGUCAGAUGACCACUGGCCAAACCCAGGCCCAGGCGGCUGCUGGCUCCCACCAGCUCUCCGCUGGCCCAGCUCAUAACGCUGUGGGGCAUAGCCCUCAUACUCUGCGUCGAGCUGUUAAAAAACCUGCUCCAGCACCUCCGAAACCAGGAAACCCACCUCCUGGCCAUCCUGGGGGCCAGAGUUCUCCGGGAACAUCUCAGCAACCACCCAGUUUGUCACCAAAGCCAUCUACCCGAAGCCCCUCUCCUCCCUCCCAGCACCAGGGCCAGACUCCAGGCCAGCCUGCGGCCCCCUCCCAGCUCUCUGCACCCCGGAGGUACUCCAGCAGUUUGUCUCCAAUCCAAGCUCCCAGUCACCCACCACCACAGCCCCCAACCCAGGCCAUGCCGCUGAUGCACACCAAACCCAGUAGCCAAGGCCUUCCCACCCCUAUGGCCUUGCCCAGUGAGCACGGACUCGAGCAACCAUCUCACACCCCUCCUCAGACUCCAACGCCCCCCAGUACUCCACCUCUAGGAAAACAGAAUCCCAGCCUGCCAUCCUCUCAGACUCAGGCGGUGAGUAACCCUGAGUCUGCACAGCUACAUGCUGGAACCUUACCAAGACCAAGACCAGUACCAAAGCCAAGAAACCGACCCAGUGUGCCCCCACCCCCCCAUCCUCCUGGUGCCCACUCAGCUGGGGAUGGCAACCUUACCAACACUGCACCAACAGCUUCCAAAAUAGUAACGGAUGUAUGACCCGUCAUAUUCAGUAAGAACUGAAAUUGGAAUAUUUAAUGAUGCCAAUUCUAGAGUUCCAGAACCGCUUCGCAGCAUCUUCCCUGACGUGCACUCAGACUCAGCAAGCAAAGACCUGCCUGGCCGCAUUCUACUGGACAUAGACAAUGACACGGAGAGCACCGCCCUGUGAGAAAGCCACCUCCCAACCCUCAGCCCCUCCCACCCUGGCGAGUGGAGCAGGGGCAGGCAGACCAAACAGUGAAAAGCUUUCAGUGGAGCGAAAGGAAAGGCCUCGCUCUGCGGGACUUGGCCUUCUGCGCCACCAAGGAGAUGGCGCAGGCUGACACUAAAGCUGAAUGACCUGUGUCUGGAAGAAGCUGGCUUUCUUUACCUAGGAAGGAAAUCAUGCCAAAAAAUCAAAAGCAAAGAAAUACCUAGAGUGGAAGGAAUAUUCCUGCCAAGAUGAGUAGAGGAAGCUUUUGUCACUGCUGUUAAAACAGGCAACACCUACAGCAAUUUGGAAUGAGUAAGAAGCAGUGUGUUAAUAACUAUUUAAUAAAAUACGUUAAUUGUGCAAGUCUCCUACUUCCUGCUACUCAGACUUCUAUUCUUCUGUAUUAGGAGGGAGGUUCUUCUCCUUCAGAGUUGCUGCCGAAUCAUUUUGUAUUAAGUAUGGUCUGUGUCUCCCCCAAUUCCCUCAGAACCACGAGCAUUGAUGGUGACUGCUGGAUCUGUCAUCCCAUCAAACUGGUUGUGACUUGUGCCUUGUUGGAUUGCCAGAAUGUAGAAAGAAAUGUACUGUUUUUUUUUUUUAAUGUAAUUGCUACUUGAUAAGGACCGAACAUUAUUCUAGUUUCAUGUUUAAUUUGAAUUAAAUAUAUUCUGUGGUUUAUAUGAAAA